UAUACACACACCUGUACACCCACACACAUUCACACACACACACUCACACACACACGAAGAGCUGUGUCCCGCCAUGACGACCUUCGAUGACAUCCUGGAGGAAGCCGGCAAAUUCGGCCGGUGUCAGAAGCGCAUCUUCGCCCUGCUCUGCAUGGUGUCCAUGCCCUUCGCCGGGGUGUACGUGGGCAUCGUUUUUCAGGGCUUCACCCCCGAUCACUGGUGCCGAGACCCCAGCGUGAGCCGGGUCCGCGAGAGCUGCGGCUGGGGCCUGCAGGAAACCCGCGGCCUGAUGGCCCCGCUGGUCAACAGCUCCGCCGGGAUGGUGCUCAGCCAGUGUGAGGCGUACGACGUGGACUGGAACGCCACCGGCCUCGGCUGCAACGACCCAGACGCCAGUAUGAGUGAGGAGCAGCGAGGGGCGCUACCCAUAACCACCUGCAAGAGCGGCUGGGAGUACGACUACGAGGGCCGACAGUCCUUUGUCACAGAGUUUGACCUUGUGUGUGCAGAUGCCUGGCUGGCUGACAUGUACCAGGCUACACUUAACAUCGGGUUCUUAGUGGGCAGUAUUGCUACUGGAUACCUGGCUGACAGGUUUGGUAGAAAAUUGAGUUUCUUGAUGUCGAACCUUUUGAAUGGUAUCACGGGAAUUCUGGUAGCCAUAUCGCCCAAUUACGUCGUCCUGCUCGUGUUUCGAGCCUUCUACGGGUUCGCAGUGAAAGGAGGCUGGAUGGUCGGAUAUGUCCUGAUCACAGAGUUGGUCGGGGUGGAGUAUAGGAGAACCGUGGGAGUACUGUACCAGAUGUUCUUUAGCGUGGGUCUCCUGGUUUUGUCUCUAAUCGCAUACCUCAUCCCAGACUGGCGAUGGCUACAGGUGGCUAUUACGGCUCCGUACAUCUGUUUCUUGACCUAUUACUGGUUCAUUCCUGAGUCUCCACGAUGGCUCCUGUCUCAAAACAACUCCAGCGAAGCUGUGAAGAUCACAGAAGCCAUCGCAAAAGAGAACAAGAUGACACUCUCCAAGAACAUAGAGACACUUCAAGAUGAUAACAGUGAAAACACAACAGCCUCUUUCAUGGACUUGGUCAGAACUCCUAACAUGAGGAAACAAACCUUCAUCCUUAUGUUUAACUGGUUCACCAGUGCGGUAGUUUACCAGGGCCUCAUUAUGAGGCUAGGGAUCCUGGGCGGAAACGUGUAUGUUGAUUUCAUAAUCUCCGCGGCCGUGGAGUUCCCCGCUGCUCUCCUCAUCCUCUUCACCAUCGAGCGCAUUGGCCGACGGAUUCCAUUCGCCACCGCCAACAUCGUGUCCGGAGCUGCUUGCUUCAUCACGGCUUUCAUUCCCGAGAGUUUGAUGUGGCUUAAAACGGUCGUGGCUUGUAUCGGUCGCCUGGGCAUCACGAUGGCCUUUGAGAUGGUGGUGUUCGUAAACACAGAACUGUAUCCCACCUUUGUCAGGAACCUGGGAGUUUCCGUCUGCUCCACGCUGUGUGAUAUUGGAGGAAUUGUGGCUCCUUUCUUGCUCUACCGGUUGGCUGUCAUUUGGCUGGAGCUCCCUCUGAUUAUCUUUGGGACCCUGGCCUUCAUCGCCGGCGGGCUGGUCCUGCUGCUGCCGGAGACCAAAGGCAAGCCCCUCCCGGAGACGAUCGACGACGUCGAGUACCCAGACAGAAACAAAGAGAGUCAACCCAAAAAUCAGCAGCUAACGAAUCUGUUACCUGGAGAUGUGUCAGCCAACAAAGCCACCGUAUCUGUCUGAAUUCACCCUUCUUGUCACCUCUAAAUAACUGUUAGGUUCCAGACAAUCCACAAAAACUACUUCUAAGUGUUUAGCAGACUGUGAAGCUGAUAUCACUGUGUUUCUGGCUGGUUUGAAAUGCCACUGAUAGAUGUAUUAUUAAAUUAUUGUUAUUAUUAAAAGGAAAAGGAGUUACACCGUAUUUUACACAGAUGACUUAUUCUUGCAGUUAUGAUGGAUUCGCUCCAUUUAUGCUCCUGUGCAUUGUAAAUUUAUAUGUAUGUGUGUCUGUCUUUUCUGUCUGGUGCCAGGGCACUGUUA